CACCUCCUGGUGCGACACCGAAUGACUGUAUUAUCGUUGUUCCCCCUAUUCGAACACAGCACUGGCAGACCUUUACACUGUACUCUCACAGGGCUACAGAAUGCAACACCCUAGUAACUGCUCCACUGAACUUUAUGAGAUGAUGGUGCGUUGCUGGGACAAUCGUCCAAUGAACAGACCAACAUUUCAACAGAUACUUAUUGAGCUUGAAAUCAUGCUGACCAAGGAUAGAGAUUAUUUAGAGUUGGAUAACAUUGAUAUCCCCCUUGCUCAGAGCACCAGUAGCAGUCUUAAUGACCUUGAGGAAACAUUAAGUGACCUUGAAAAUGACAAUGUGCCUGGGUUGCCCCCGAAAAAGCAGUUGUUAAAACAGAAAACAUCAUCAGUUGGAUCACAUCAUUCUGUCUCAACAGAUCACGGGACAAUUACCAAGACCUUAGAAUUCACAAAGAGAAACAGUUUUCAUAAACAGGUAGCCGUAUCAAGUACAUGUAGUUCGGAAGAAAGAUAUAUGGCACACGUGGUGAAAGAGGAAUCAGUAACUGGGCCUGGGUCUCCAGGGCCCGGACCACCUAUCUAUGACUUCUGGGUUAUAUGUAAUGAGAAAUCGGAAAAUUCAAUUAAGAAUGCAACAUUCAUCGUAAAACGACUAGAGGAAAAUGGGCUCUGUGGAUAUUUCUCAAAGAGGGAUUCAACAACAAAAGAACCUUCUUUGAAUGAAAUUCCAGAUUCCAUUAAGAAAUGCAAAUACUACAUCGUGCUCUUUGAUGAAGAUUUCAAUGAUGACAACUACAACGUAUUCGCAUCCGAAACAAUUUUCCGACUUCUUGUUAAUACCGGAGAGCUACCAAGAUUCAUCCCCCUGGUGAUUGGUGUUGAAAGGCAACAGGUAGUGCCAAAUUACAUCCCGAAUUUCUGCCUUGAGUUUGAAAAAGAUCUGCCAAAUAACACCAAGCAGUUCAUGAGAUUGGAGAAUACACUGAAAGCGCCAGUCCCACAAACAACAUGGGGUUUUUAAUUUUGUUAGCCACCAAAAGGCAUAACUGAACUGGACACGACAAAAAAAAUUGCUUUGUUAUACUACUAUAGUAUAUUAUACUGAUUUUGCUUAAUCUCCUCCAAUGUCAAAUUAAGAACAAAAUAAUAAGAAAUGACCAACUGCUUCAACAUCAACAAAUAAAGUUCUAAACUUGGAACUGCAUUAGAAACCAAUCUUUCUGUUCAUAAAACCAAAAACUCUGGAUUUAAUAAAUAUUAAUCACUGUCGUAUAAAUAAUUUGGAAUAUGCUCUAUCUAUAAUUCUGCAAUCAAUUAAUCAAGAUGGAUUACUUCUCAUAGACUUACUACUUGAAAAGUUAAUUAACUCACCACAUGUAUUGCUUAAAUUCUACAUAAGAGUUGGGUAAUCACUGGAGCUGAAAAUAAUGGACAGAGUACCAAAUGCAUAUGAGGACAAAGGCGCACCAAUCCAGCAAUAGUUAUCAAUGGAUACACAAUGACUACAGACAGUUUUAAAAGCUAUUUUGGAAAGCUCACAGAUUGAAUACCUACCAUUACAUCAAAACAUUGUCAUAGUUGUUGAAUCAGUCAACAUAAGGCUGGACUUAAUGGUGUUCCCUCUGGCUGGGUGUUUUCGAAAUAAGUUCGAUCCUUGCAAUUUAAAAUUUCGACAAUGGCAUUUUUUUCCCCUGAUUUUACUACAUACCCUGGCUCAGACAGCUCUGUAUGGUUGAGAUAUCAGGUGAAUGACAUCAUGCCACUAAACCUUCUUUUAUUGUUUUUUAACUGGAAUCUUAUUUUUGCUCAAAUCUAAUUUGGAUGGAUUUUUGACCUGUCAUGGAAUUCUGUAGUUGUUGGGGUGAUAUAGAAAAGUUGAUUCAAAUAUGCAAUCAGUCUGUUCAAAAUGUAAUAGGGGUACAUCUAGGAAUCCUUAGGGGAGGGGGUUCAAAUUGACAAAUAUAAUUAAACCCCUUUUAUGGGACAUUUUCAA